AUGACAACCACACAGCCCUCUUGCAAAGUAGUCUUAGCAGGAAGUAUCGCCAAAGGACUGCUGGCUGAAGUUUCCGAUGGUCUGAAAAGCAUAGAACAACCACCUCAUCUCCUGGGUAUCCUAGCAAAUGCAGAUCCUUCCGCUCGGUUGUACGCGGAGUGGACGGAGAAGACGUGUAAAGAGAAUGGCUUUCAAUACACACUCCGCGAAGUUGGCAAGGACCAGGUCGAAGAAACCAUCAUGAACGCCAACGCUGACCAGGCCAUUGACGGGAUCAUCGUCUACUACCCCAUCUUCAACAGCCGACAAGACCAGUACCUACAACAGAUUGUCGAUGUCUCCAAAGACGUCGAAGGUCUUAGCCAUCGCUACAUCUUUAACAUGUAUCAGAACAUCCGCUUUCUCGAUGAAGCUCAGACACAGAAGAGUAUUUUACCAUGCACGCCCUUGGCUGUGAUCAAGAUAUUGGAGUACCUUUGUAUCUACAACACGAUAUUGCCUUAUGGAAAUCGACUUUUUGGUCAUACGAUUUGUGUGGUCAAUAGAAGUGAAGUUGUUGGUAGGCCUCUUGCUGCGCUGCUCGCGAAUGAUGGGGCUUGUGUUUACAGUGUGGAUGUGACGGGCAUACAGAAGUUCACUAGAGGGGAAGGUAUCAGGAAACGGAAGCAUGAGGUCGAGGAUAUGGAUGGGUGGGGAUUGGAGGAUUGUUUGCCAUUUUGUGACGUGGUAAUCACUGGUGUGCCUGGUGAAAAGUUUAAGUUUCCUUGUCACCUGCUGAGGGAAGGGGCUGUGUGCGUUAAUUUCUCGAGUGAAAAGAAUUUCGGACCCGAGGUCAAAGAAAAGGCAUCCAUAUAUGUACCUGCAACUGGCAAAGUCACCAUUGUAGUGCUAUUGAGAAACCUUUUGCGGAUCGUCCAGAACAGGCGAGCAGGUAAUUCUAAACCUGCCGAGGCGGUAGAAAAGCCGGAAAAGGUGGAAGCAGCAAAUCCCCGGAACAUGGCUUGA